AUGAAUCAACAGGAAAAAGAAACCCUACCUAUCAAUGACGAGGAAGCAUGGGCCAAAAAACGUGGAAAUAUACGAGAUAGGUAUUCUGCAUUGCCUAUCGAUGAGAAGCAAGAAAUUCAUGCCAAAAAUCGUGAGUAUCAACGUAGUCAUCGGGCUCGUCUGAAGGCUGAGGCUGAUGCAUCCAAAUCGAUUGCAUCAUCUCAAAUCACAGCUCAGAAGGAGAAAGCUCGAGACAAAAAUUAUGAGUACCAACGAGAGAGAAUGGAUGAUGAAGGCAACUCUUGUAAGCGGAAACGAGUCAUGGUGUCACAAGAGGAUAAUAUAGAUGAAGGCACUCGUGAAGAUGAAAGCACUUGUGGAAAGCAAAUGGCCAAGGAGAGGUAUAGACAAGCAAUGACCGGCGAUCAGAAGGAUGAGGUUCUUGCUAAAAAACGUGAAUAUCAACAUAAUUAUCGAGCUAAGUUGAGUGCCGCCGCCAAGUCCAAGAAAUUCGCAUCAACUCUAAAUAUGUCAUGUGUUAGGAAACAUGUAUAUCACUAUGAUUCUCGUGCUCAGAAAAAAGUUGAUCAAGAAGUUUUCAACUCUGGCAUUUGGGAACCAGAAGACACAUUGCAUGGAAUAGAGGAAAAUGAUUUAGAUCAACAAAACCCAAAUGAAGAUGGCCAUAACAUCUACGAGGAUGGUGAAGCUAGAAUGUUUAAUGAUAAAGGUGAACUUAUUUCCAAUAUGAGUUUUCUAUAG